AUGGCCACCGCAACGGAAGAUUCUACUGCCAAUGCCGGCUCCAGCACGACCAAGACUCCAGCUCAACUCAUGCAGGAGAAACAUGAGGCCGCAGAAGCGCAUCAUGUGACUGUCGAAGAAGUGCCCGAUGAAGACGAUCUUCAACACCCGCCCCCUUCCCAUCACGCUGCAGAAGAGGCGGAAGAUGCCACAACCACAACCAAUGGGACUGGCAAUGCCCCAAUGUCGGCCAAGGCUGCUGGGAAGCAGAAGGCGACUGAAAAACCUCCGGUGCUUGACACUCAGUCUGAGGAGGCUUUUCCGGCUUUGGGAGCUGCCACUGCUGCGUCCGCCAGACAGCCCGGUUGGAUUGCCAGUGCAUCUGCCAAAGCUGCUCCAACAAACGGCUCUCCCGCCCUGGGAUCUCGACCGACGUCUUCUGGUGCUCCAACACCGAACUCUACGUCUGGUGCCCGGACUCCAGUAACUACAGCCGGCCCACGCAGCAACGUUGUCCUUCCCGGAAGAUACCGUGACUCCUUCGAGAUUGACAAUGCCGACUUGGACAAGAGCAAACCCCUGUCACGAGUUUUGAACGACGUGAAGAAGAAAUUCAACGUUAUCGUCACUCCGAAGUCCACCAAUUUCGCGACUCGAACUGAAUUCAUUGCCGAAGGUCCCAAGGCGCGAGUCACCGAGGCCCUGAUGUACGUCUCCAAGGAACUGACGCUUGAGAAACAAGUCAAACUGGAAAUUCCAUCCACCGUCUCCGCGCAGAUCAUUGGCAAAGCCGGUGGAAACAUCAAGAAGCUGGAAAGUCAAUUCAAUGUCCGUAUACAUAUUGAUCGUGAUACCAAGCCUGUGACGAGCCCCGAGGAUGUCAGGACUGAUGUGGUCGAGAUUCGUGGAAACGCUGCUCAGGUUCGACAAGUCUAUGAGCAAAUCUCAAACCAGGUCAAGUCACUGCAGCCCAAGGUCGAUCUUCCCGUGCGCAAUAUUCCGCCAGAAUUCUAUCCCUUCAUCGCUGGUCGUCACGCAGACCGACUCCAACAGUUGGAGCAAGAACGCGACGUUCGCAUCAACGUGCCGCAAUACCAUACGUGGCAGCAACAACCACCACCGCGGCCUGCCGAGGUGGAUCAACCUCCUACCUUUGUUCCUCAUGGAGAUAAUCACAUUGUCAUUUCUGGUGAUCAAGCUGCAACAAUAGAAGCACGUCUAUUGCUAGAGCAGUUGGCAGAAGAGCUCCAGAAAGAGCUCCUCCUCGAAGAGCUCACCGCUGAACAGAUUCUGCAUCCAUACAUUGUCGGCGAGCGCGGGAUGGACCCCUUGAAGUUCUUAGAGGAGACCGGUUGUGCUGUUAUUUUGCCGCCACCUAAUCAUGACACGGAGGAUAUCCAUAUCAUCGGUCCAAGAGACAAGCUCGAGGCCGGUCGGAAUUUGGCCGAAGAACUCAUGUCCCGAAAACACAAUCGGGCCGUCGACAUGCGCAAGCAUUUCGACGAUGCCCCUCAAGGCCCAGAGCGCCACUCAAGAGCACUUGCACAGUAUCUUCAACAGAAAGCGAUCGAGCGCGAAUUCAUGAAAUCUCAUGGCGCCGAAAUCAUCUUCCCGCGGAGCAGCAGUACAACUCCGAGCUGGACUGUCAUUAGCAACGACCCGCAGAAGGCACUUUCUGCACGCAACGAGCUUGCCAAAAUUACUCAGGCCUAUCCUUCGGCAAGAAUUCAGCUGGUCGAGGUCGAUCCUUUCUUCCAUCCUCAUCUCGAGCAAAUGCAUGCAGCCAAUCUGAGGGAUAACUUGGGUGUCCACAUGAUCGUGCCCGAGGACGGCUCAGAUCCCGUCGUACUAGUCUACGAGGGACCUUCACGGGAUCAGCCCUUUGCGAUUCCUCGCAACAAACCCACCCAGACUGAAAUGGCGAAAUUUGAGAAAGCCCUACAGGAGGCACAGGCACUGUUGCUGACCAAUAUUCCUCACCAAGGCAUUUCAGUGCAGGAUAUCCACGUCCCGAAGAAGUUCCAGGACAAGGUCAAGAGAUUCGUGAACAACGAGCCUAGACCUAUGCCUCCGCAAUCUUUCCCGGUUCAAGUGGAUUUUGGUGGCACUCGAGGCGGUCCACGACAAGCCAAUGGCGUCUCCCGAGGCUCGCCAUCCGAAAGAGUCUAUCUGCGUGGUCCAAGCGAGGCGGAUAUCGCAGAACUCCGCCAGAAGAUCGAAGAAUUCCUCCGAGAGGCAGAAGAAGAUGAGAAAGAGCGUGGAUACACGACGACUUUUGCUUUCCCCGCACAGUUUAACAAGAACUUGAUCGGAAAACAGGGUGCCAACAUCCGGGCUUUGCGUGAAAAGCAUGACGUGGAAAUCGACACUCGCGAGGAUGGACAUGUCACCAUCAAAGGUCCGGCGAAGAAGGCCGAGGCAUGCAAAGCGGAAAUUCUACGGCUAGCCAAGCAAUGGGAGGAUGAAGUCAAUUUCGCCAUCAAAAUUGACCCCAAGUUCCAUGGUAUGUUGGUGGGCAGAAACGGAGAGAACUUGCAGAAAAUUCAAAGCAAGGUCGACAACACGGUGCGGAUUGACUUCCCGAGGGUGCAGAAGUUUAGCGACGACGCCUCUGCCGCCGAUACUGCGAGUGAAGCUGGCGUUGGUCGCGGUCAGCCUCAUGAUGAGAUCAGAAUACGAGGACCUCGAGCAAAGGCCGAGAAGGUGCGUGACGAGCUGCUGAGUCUCCACCAGUACUUGGUCGACAAUUCGCACACUGCGACUGUGUCUGUGGCACAAGGGCAGAUUGCCUCCCUCAUUGGCAGACGUGGCCAGGAGAUGGAGAAGCUCCGAGCCGACACGGGAGCGCAGAUCGAUAUCCCGAAGGCUGAUGGCGCUGAUCGUGUAACAAUCCAAAUCAAAGGCACCAAGCAACAAGUCGAGAAGGCCAAACAAGAGCUGGAGAAGCGAGCUAAAGCUUUUGAUAACAUUGUUACCCGGACUUUGACGGUGGACCGAAAGCAUCACCGUCCCCUCAUUGGAGCUGGCGGCUCUCAUAUCCAAAACCUGGUCGCUAAAGCGGGUGGCACCGGUACUAGUGCAGAACACGUCCGGUUCCCUCGGCAAGGAGACGAGUCUGAUGAACUUACCGUCAGGGGCACGGCUGACGUCGUCGAGAGGAUCCUCGCCGCCAUUCAAGCCUUCGUGGAUGAGCGGGAGAACCAAACGACCGAGACAAUCGAUGUCCCGAUCAGCCAGCACCGUUCUUUGAUCGGGCCGAAUGGUAGCAUUCGAAAGAAACUUGAAGCAGAAUUCGGUGUCAUCCUUGAUGUACCUCGAGUGGGCACUGGACACACCGGCGUCAAAAUCAUCGGUCGCCCGGAAAAUGUCGCCAAGGCCAAGGAGCGCAUACAAGGGAUGAUAUCCAAGCCUCAGGGCGAAACAAUCAUGGUUCCACGGUCUCUGCAUCAUAUUGUGUCCAAAAAUGGUGCUCUAUUCCGAGAGCUGUCUCGGGAUGGCAUUCGUGUCGAUCACAGUGGACAGAGGCCGCCACCAAAGCCGGCUGCCAACCGCGGAUCACGGACACGGACGACGAAUGGUGAUAUGCCGCUGAUCACUGAUCAACCUGGGGAGGAGGCCUACUCAUGGGAUAUUGUUUCUAACCAGCAGGGAUCGGACAGUGAACCUGGGGAGAUCCCCUGGGUGAUCUUGGCUGGAAAAGAUGCCACCGACGAGACUGUCGCCAAGGCUAAAGACAAGAUCCAGUCACUGCUUCAGAAGGCUGCCGAACCUCAACACACCGGCUUCCUCAUCCUCCCAGACCCUAGACUUCACCGCCACAUCAUCGGGCAGGGUGGCUCGACGAUUAAUGCUAUCCGGAGACAGUCUGGUUGUGACAUUCAAGUUCCGAACAGAAACUCCAACAGGGGCGAGGAAGGAGAAGCUAUCACGAUUGUGGGUAAGGAGGAUGGCGUUCUGACUGCACGGGAUUUGAUUCUCGAGGAAAUCAAGCGGGCUGAGGCGGGACGAGACUCGCCCAGAGGUGGUGGUCGAUCCUAG